AUGGUAUCAUGUGACCUGACACCUUCACCUGAUCUCACCAGUGACUUGCUCUUUUCACUCUAUGUUUACAUGAGGAGAGCAGGUAACAUUUACCGUGACCCGGUACUCAGACCACGAAUCCAGAGGGCAUGCACGUAUGUUCUUUACUCCAUCAAGUACCUGAGUGUUACCUUACAGGGUCAAGUAUCAGUACCCUGUUUUAAGUGCCCCAUCUGCUCCAAACUUGUACUGCCUGACGACUUGGAGUGCCACUUAGUUAUCUGCCUCACCAAACCACGCAUCAGUUACAAUGGAUGCUUCAGAUGUUACAUAAAAAGAAAAAAUGGCAAGCUCAGAAACCAAAGGAGGAGACUGGAUGAUAAUCAACCAUGUGUAACAAGUAAACGUAUUGGUGGGGAAAACAAACCUGACUAUAGGGUUUUACUCUACAUUCCAAAUAUAAUUGGUUACAUACGUCUUUUGUUCCUUCUGGUUGCUUUCUGCAUCCUACCAACCUCCCCUGCUUCAUUUGUUGUCUUCUACUCCAUCUCAAUAAUGUUGGAUGGUGUUGAUGGGUAUGCAGCUCGAAAACUACAUCAGUGUUCACUAUUUGGAUCUUGGUUUGAUGUUGUGCUUGAUAACCUGAGUCGGGGUCUGCUCUGGACUCUUAUUCAUCCUAUGAUGUACUUGGUGUCAGCAAUAGAGUGGACAGCAUUUGUAUGUAAUCACACUUUGGGUACUAAGUGGCAGGAUUCUCUUGCUGGUCAUGGAGAAAAAGGAAUAAUGUCAUCCAUUGUUUCUUGCACUUUGGCCAAAAAUUUCCGGAAUCCAUGGGGAGUGUGGGUGAUUGCUGGUCUGCAUGGGCUGCCAGUGUGGAUCAUUGGAUAUCAGUACAAUUUGUUUGGGUCUCACCUUUGGUUUCUUCCCAAGUUUGUGCAGCCUUUGGGCUUGGUUAUUUUAGGAAUGGGACGUUUGCUGUGUUUCCUUAUAGAAAUUUGGAGUAUAUGGAUCCAUAUCUCUGUUCUGCUGGUGAAUACAUCUAUGUCAUAGAAAACUGCUUAGAUGAAUAAUGAACAAUUCAUUCAUUCAUGUUGAUUCGCUGGUACUUCCAGCCCAGGUCUUCUCCAGAUGGUGACCCGGUGGUGGCCCCCCAGGUGGGGGGGGUGACGUUCAUCUUCUUUCUUGGGCCCUCCGGUUGAGGUACCAUUAAGGAAAUAGUAUACAUGCUCCUUAAUAUAUAGAUCAAAGGAUGACUAAGCAUAACCUGACAGUCUUCACACAGGUAAUGAGUAGCUCUCCAUGCAAGUAAAUGUCAGGUGGGCAUUUGAUCCUACUCAUGGUCCCUCCAUAAAGACUGUUUCAUGCAGGCUAAAGUGCUUCCAGAAAACUAGGUUAUUAUAUAAUCAAAAAGAAGUGCGAAGCGCUGCAGGGUAGGGAAGGAAGCGAGGGUAUUGGGCGGCAGAAGGGGGGAGGGAUGAUCAGUAGGUUAUAGAAAACAGCAGGGCAGGGUAUCCCCUGCGGGGGUAGAGGGUAGCAAGAGAUUGAGGUAGAAAGGGCUGAAGGUAUCAUCCAGAAAACUAGAAAUGGACCAUUUCAGGCCUGGGUCAUCAAAAUCAUUGUAGCCUUCAGAGAAAGUGAUAUAUAAGUUCUUUUCAGGUUUGUGAGAAGUAAUUUAUCAAUUGGUUCUAUCAUGCCAGUUUCCCUGUAUCAGUUUUUUCUUACCUUCAAAACCCUUAGGCACAGCAUAGCCUUGGAGGUUUGGCAAAUGUCAGGUGGGCUAAGGUGCUUACAAAAUCUGUUGUAGCCUUCAGAAAUCUAUAUAUUUAUAUACAUUAGUUUGUGGGAAUUGAUCAAACUGGUCAUCACAGCUGAUUUCCAGUGAAGUUUUGUUUUGCCCCCCAAAAAAACCCAAGGUUGUAUAUUAAUUUCCAGUAACAGUAAGCCUUAGGCAGGAAUGUGUGAUGUCACCAUGGUUGUUUUAACAUUUAUAGAUAGGGUUGUAAAAGAAGUGAAUGCUAGGGUGUUGGAAAAAGGUGUGGAAUUAAAAUAUGCAGAAUCUAACACAAAACAGGAGUUGUCAUAGUUGUUUUUUGCUGAUGACACUGUGCUUUUAGAAGAUUCUGAACAGAAGUUAAGGUUGGAUGAAUUUGGGAGGAUGUGUAAAAGGAGGAAAUUAAAAGUGAGGGUCACAAAUGAUUUAGGUAAUGAAAAAUUGGAUAUCAGAUUGGAAGGAGGGAGUAUGGAGGAACUAAAUGUGUUCAGAUAUUUGGGAGUGGACUUGUUGGUAGAUGUCUGUGAAAGAUUAGUUUUGAUGAGAAUGUUGACUUGCUCCCACAGGACUUUAUACAAUAAAAAAAAAAAAAAGGGAUAUCUUAUUCUAAUAAAAAAAAGCACAGUGCAGAAAUAACCUGUACAUAGGAGACUUGGAGCAUUAGCUAGUCACCCUAGUUAUGUUCCAAGUCAAACCAAAAUGUCAUAAGAUUGUCUGUGGAUUUGUAUCUUAAUGGUCCAUUUUUACUUUGCAAAUUUGGGUACAAUAAAUAUCAGCAUCAAAACUGGUGAGGGUUCUUAAUACCAGGAA